AUGGCUUUGUUAAUUUUUUCAAAACGGCAAGUGGUUGCUACAGUACAUAUUUCAGUCAUUUUUACGUGUUUUUAUUAUGAUAUACCAACAAUUGUUUUCGGUAAUUAUCUUCUUGUUGAGUUAUCAUUUGAGGAAAUGGGCCCUGAACUUGUUGUUAAUGCUGGAAAUGGAGUCGUUCAGAUGUGCCACCACUUAAAUAAGAAAAAAUUCUCAGCAAAUGAUUUUUUGUUCCUCUUUAGAAAGAGUCACCCCUCUUGGCUAAGUAACUGUUGUGAGAAACACGCGUGUUUCUUGACGGACCUGUGUCUGAAAAAGUUGCUCCAGUCAGCAAAUGCUAUCGCGUACGAUGGUGAUGAGCUGUAUAAUAUCGCGAAGUGUAUAGAUCGUCUCAUGAUUAUUUUGAGGGAAACAUUUUCGUUCUUAUCUGCGGAAGUGGAGAAGUCACUUUUGACCUUUGUCUUAAGCUAUUGGGAUUAUGUGCUCGAAGCAGUUGGCUAUAUAUGUGUCAGCAUAUUUGAUUCUCUAUUGAAACUACAUUUUUGUUCUUGUCGUGUGUGUCGUAAGUCGUCCUGUGACUGGGUUCAGGAUCUUCACAAGUUUCUUUUUGGCUCACCUGUACGCUGUAAUGCGCACCUUAGGUGUAUGUUAUCCUUCAUAAAGAAUUCUCCAACAGUGAAACACCUACCUGCAGAUUGCAUUAAUCAGGCUUAUCGAUGUGUGUCCGUCCAAGCAUUAAAAUUUGCAGUAGGCUUCCAGUUUGAAUUUUUGCUUGAGCAAUUAUUUCAAGCGAGUGAGUUAAUUGCAUAUGACUUAGCCAUGAGUUUGGGAAUUGAACCUCGCUGUGAAUUACAUAGCUGUGAGUUACUUACUCUUAUGAGAUCCGAAAACGAGCGCGUUCGUUUAGCAGUGGUUGAAAAACUGCUGCCAACUUUGUGCAGAGAUAGGCUAAGCUUUGACGAUGCGAGCUUAAAUGCAAUUCUUUCCCUUACAAAAAUAUGUCUUCUCAGUCAAAAAGCGGCUCCGCAGGAUAUUUCGUGGCAGGAAAUGAUUAGUAAAGAUAGGAUGAUUCAAGCGAUCACUCAUUCCAAGUUAAAAAUACGCUUAAGUGCAUGGAUGGUACUCACCGAGCAACGCAAAGUUCAUAAAUUUCUUGAUGCAUUUGAAAUAGAUUUAAUCAGAAGCUUUUUACUCAUAAAUUUUCCUGAACAGUAUUCAGGAAUUGGCCAAAAAAUUCUUGUAGGGCUGAAAAAGUGGUGGUUUUCGUUAAAGGUCUUCAUUCGCAUAGCUGGAGUAUCGUUAACACUGGUUAAGAAGGGAGAUCCAGAUGGCAUAUUAAGUUUGUACGAAAACUUUAUUUUGUGGCUCAAAGACUUUUCUUUUACUUCUCUCAGGAAAGGAGCAAAUUUUAACCGUCGUCUGCUGGCUUUGCAAGUCCUGGAUUUCAUAUACGUUCGUCGGUGUUGGUGUAGUGUUGAAACAGGUAAAAACUCAACUGAUAGUGCAAUAAAAUUUGAAACUUGGGUAACUAGAUGGUUUACUGUAAAAGAAAUUUUAUACGAAAGAAUGAAAGACAAAUUAAAACUUACUGAAAACAAUUUGUCUGCGUUGAUUGGGAUGUUUGAUGACUCUUAUCUGCUGUGUCAGUCUACAGCGUACGCAAUUCUCACGUCGGCGAAUUUUCAUUUAGUAGCUCCUUUUCAGGUGUUUGAUUUCUCACAGUUUUUUGAAAAGACAAUUUGUAAACUGCUUUCUCUUCGCUCCUUGAACACUGACGCUUCUGGAUACCGCUUAAAAUUUUAUAUUACAAAAUUUCCUGCUGAAUUUCGGUCAGUAUUCGACAGAUUAAUAAGCAUGUGUGAAGUGAGAGUAGGACUGAUCUCGAAGUCUUUGUUAGCAAUAGCUACGGAAGACGGCUUUUUGCAUUCAAUACUGAACGCACUAGCUGUUAUGAUUGAUUGGGCCGACAGUUGUUUGCUAAGCGAAUGGGAAAGCUGUUUGCUUGAAAAAGUGCCAUCACUGUGCUUCAGAACUGUGGAGCUGAUCGCGCCAGUUGUUCAAGCGUUGUCUCCUGAAGGAUUUAAGCCAGCAGUCGAUGAACAAUUCUCUGAAACCGAAGGAGGAGAAUUCUCGCAGUUUUUGGUUGCGUGCUGUUGGCGAGCACAUAAACAAAUAUCUGAAAUAUUGCGAUUACUUUUAUCAAAGUUCCCGCUGGAGCGACUAUGUGAUUUUUUUCUAAUUGAGAAAGUUGGUAAAUUCUACCGGGAACAGUUGACUCAAUGCCGACAUUGUGGUGCAUUUGAAUGUGCUGUUGCUGGUUUCGAAUACCUCUGUAAACUUCUUUGGUCUACUCCACUUAAGGCCAAUGGUAAUGAAAAUGCCACUAUUCCUGAGACUUGGCUACAUCAAGUUUUUGCUGCAUUUGAAAAUGAAGAUGGUAACAUUUUUCUGGCUUUGUUUUUGUUGAAUAUCUAUGAAAAUUUUGUAGGAAAUGAUAGUUUUUGUUCUGCAAGAAGAAGUGCUGGUCUGCCUCACCUUAUUUGCUCAAUUAUCUUAACAGAACCUGCUGAAAGAAAUGGAGUUUUGUUACAUCACUGUUUAGAAGUGCUUCUCAACUUUCCGAAGUUCAGCCCUGAGAUGCAAGUACACUGUAUAAAUAUAUUACGUCGAAUUUAUGCUGAUAGCCGUUUACGCGAUAAACUUUCCUCGUCAUUAGAAGAAGUACUGCACAAAUGCAUAUUUGGUUGCGGAUCAUCGCACUGGCCAGUGCGCAAUGCUUGUGCUCAGCUGUUUGCAGUUCUAAUGAACCACAUUUUCGGGGUUCUUUCUGUUAGUGAAAGAGGACUUUUUGUUCCAUUGCAGAACAGAAUAUCUGCCUAUAAGUUUUUUUCAAGAUUUGUGACAAUCGACAAUUUAAUAUAUUUUCAACUGUCAAAUUUCUGCAGUAUGCAGGAUGAAUUCAAAAUAUUUCCUGUUCUAACGUUGCUAACUCAUCUAUACCCGUCUCCUCUCUCCAGUGGAAGUUGUUUAAGUAAAUAUAUUUUGCCGGUAAUAAAGCUCUCGCUCAGUUGCAGAAGUGAGAAGCUACGGCAAUUGUCUGUUGGAGCUUUAGUGUCAGAUGCCUUCUUUGUCGUCCGUUGGCUUUCUGAAGUGGAUUGGGCACAUGUCAGGCAAAAUCAACUUCAUUCGUUGUUACUUAUGCUUUUCUAUUUCUAUGAAUACUUUGAUUGCCUGCAAAUAAGGAAUGAAAUUUAUGCUAUUACUGUUCACAUAAUCACCUCCCAGAUCUAUCGCAAGUGUGGUUACAAUUUGGGAAACAUUGUUUCAUUGCUGGUUUCAUGUAUGGAUUCUCAGGAAUCUUUUCCGGUUAAAAAACUGGUGGAUUUUGUCAUUUUUAAUCCACUUGCUCUUCUUGGUGUCAACCAAGGCGCAGUGGAAGGGAAAGGGCUCGAUUUAGCCGAUUUCAAAAGAAUUUUGAAGGCUGAACGUCGCCUUAACUGCAUAUUCUGGAGAGAACUGUCUGAAACCGAUUACGCUUUUUAUUCUAGUUACGUUAUUCAAUUGGCUACGGAAGAUUUGAGACGAUCUGAUGAGGUUGAGGUGCGUCAGAUCCUUGAACUAAUCGUCCGCAUUACUAUCCAUGCUGAAAGGACGGGAUGUUUGAGUGAAAUGAAAGAAGAAUUUGAAAUUUCUAUACUGGAUAACUUUCAUUUUUCGAGUUCAUUCACAGAGGACGUGGUACUAGCUCUAAAAUUUUUUUAUUGUGCUGAAAAGGAGUGGAAUUUCGAAUGGCUGCGUAGUUGUUCAAGAAGAGAAGAUAUUCCUAGCCGACAACUGGCCGCCACUGUUGCUGAACAUGUUUUGGCUACAGGAAAUAGUUUGCGAGAGGGGAUUGAGACGGCUGCUCUCUUUUUGCAGGACGAUGAAUUCGCUUCUAUUUUAAGCGACACAUUGGGUUUACAACACAAAUUUUGUUCACAAUUAGUGUUAUGGUUGUUAAUCGACAGGUACCCUUCAUUAUCACCCAAGAUUUUUGAAAAUAUACCAGAAGAUAGAGAGGACCGUUUCUUUGAUCCUUGUUCCACAAAUGUUCAUGCUGAAUCACAUCUGUUUGGAGCAGAGCAUUUUGAAGAAAUGAAAAAUGUCUUUACUGUUUACCGUUCGUUCUGUUAUUUUCCUUCGCAGAAUGUUGUGUUUCGGCUAGGUUUGGAAACUCGAUUCAAGUUGUUUAAGGCUUUUCCGUUUUCUACAAUCUGUCAUUGA